CUCGGGGCGGCGCGUGACCGGCUGCCGCCGCCGCCCGCUCCGCCGCAGAGCCCGGCCCGCCCGCACCCGCACGGCACCGGCACCCGGCACCGGCAGGGCCGCGGGGUGCUCACCAUGGCUGCAGCAUGGCUCAUCACCUGGGGGCUGCUCCUGGCCACCGGGGUCCCCACCAGGGCCCGGGGGAUGCUGCCGGUGGGACUGUCCCCAGGUGGGACACUGCAGUGGGGCAGGGACCCCCUGCAUCGCCCUGCCCAGGGACAGCGAUGGCCGGGCCCACCCCCCACCUGGGAGGCGUCGGGGGAGCCGAGCGGCGCCGGGGCCCCCAGGACCGAGCGCUGGGGGGGCAGCAGCCCUGUGCGCUGGUCCCCACCGCUGCAGGCAGGGGAUGCUGCCGGGACCCCCCUGGAGACAGAAACCACCACGGCAGGUGCUGGCACUGGGGCCUGGCAGGAUAGCGGCACAGCCGUGGCCGUGGCAGAGGAGCCGCUCGUUGCAUGGCGAGGACAUGAGGCUGGAGGCCAGGACAGGCCCCGGGGGGGGACCUGGCCGCCCCCCAGCUCUGCACUGGGUACGCCGGGCCCUGAGGUGCCCAUGGACACGGGGCCGGGCUCCCCAGGGCCACUGCAGGCAGGGCAGGGCCUGACCCCAGACAGACAGAGUGUCACCGGGCCAGCCAGCACCUCCAGUCCUCGACCCACCAUGUCCACCAUCGCCCUGACCUCCAGGCCGGCACCAGGGAUGGCGACAGCAGACACCCACACAGGGGGACAGCCAGUGAUGGAGGGACCCACAGCGGCCCCAGGCCUCCCACAGGGUACAGAGCUCACCCCAGCCAGCAGCCAGCCGGUCCCGCUGGGCACGGUCCCUGUCCCACACCCCACGGGCAUGGGGCCAGCCCAGGGUCCCCAUGCCAGCCCCAGCUCCAUGCAGCCGGUGGGCAGACGAGGGGGACUGUGGGGGGCCCUCAGCCCGUCCCCAGCUCUGCCCAGCUCUGCCCCAUGGCUGCCCCCUGAAGCACCAUCCUGGGGGCUGGCUGAGCCCUGGACCCGGGUGCUCCCAGCCCACCAGCGCAGCACCCGCAGGGCCCCGCUCAGCCGCGCCACUGCCAGCCCCGGGAAUGCAGCCCCUCGCACGGAUCCCAAGCCAACGGGGCAGUGGGGACCCCAGCCCGCCCCAGGGGCUGCCCUCAGCCCUGUGCUGCCACCUGCCUCCAGCGCAGCCCCCCCUGGCACCCCCGGCACAGGGCUGCUGCCCGAAGAGGACGUCGGCUCCCCGCAGCGGGUCCGGGGUGCCGUGGGCCCUGUGAGCACCCCAAAUGCCACCAAGGCCACCCCAUGGCCAAUGGCGCAUCCCGCCACAGGGACACCUGGGACCAGGCACACAGACACCCUGGGGACACAGCCCCCUGCCCAUGGCACCGUGGCCCCCUCAGCCACAUGGCGACGGGCAGGGGCGACGCCACAGCCAGCACCCCAGCAUCCAUCCACACCACAGCCGCAGCCCAGCCACACUCCCCCGGUACCGGGGGCCAACGGGACGGGGCUGCGCUGGGCUGAGCUGCGGCGCCAGCUGGGCUUUGCCUGGGAGGCGCAUGUCUACGGGGUGGCCGCCAUCUUCCUGCUGCUGGCACUGGGCUGCCUGGCUGGGCUGGUGGGGGCAGCUGCCCUGCGUCCCCCCCACCUGCCCCACAUUUUAGGGGCUCAUGGGCUGCUGCUGGCUGUCUGCCUGCUGCGGGCCACCUUCCUGCUGCUGGACCCCUACGGGGCACGGGGCCGUCUGCCCCCUCGAGCCCUGCUGCUGCUCAGCACGGUCCCCUUUGCCCUGCUGCUCGGCACCUUCGCCCUCCUGCUCCAGCAGCUCCAGCGCCUGACCCAGCUCCAGCUGCUGCCAGCCCAGCUCCGGGGGCUGCCGGCACUGGGGGCUGCAGCUGCGCUGCAGAGCGCGGUGCUGGGGACCGCCGACCUGCUCCCACCCUGGCUGGGCCCCACCACCGGGUUGGGGCUGCAGGUGCUGGGCUGUGGGGCUGGGGCCCUGCUGCUGCUGGCGGGGCUCUGGGGAUGCUGGCAGGUGCUGCGGGUACCCCAGGAGGGGCUGGGGGGCAGCGGGAGGCCGGGGCCACGGCAGGGGGCCCUGGCACUGCUGGCGGCGGCGGUGGCAGGGCUGCCAGUCUGCGGGCUGCAGCUCUACAGCACCCUGUGGCUGCGAGAGGUCCUGGGGCCCCCCGGGCGCUUCUCCCGGCCCGGCUGGGUGGCACAGCUCUGGCUGCGGGUCGGCGAGCUGGGCACGGCGCUGGCACUGCUGAUGGCCGCCGCCGAGCCGUUGUGCUGCCAGUGCUGCCACCGGAGCCCCACCAGCCAUUCCUGCUGGGCCAAGGUGCUGCGGUACUUCUGUGCCGGCCGCAAAGCUGAGGCGCCCGAGUACCCCAACAACUGCUACGACUGGGCCGCUGGCAGCACCGGCAGCACUGGCGGCACCAGCCUGGAGCGGGCACCGGCCAACGACAUCUCCAAGAACCUCAUUCGCAACCCGGCGGAGCAGCUGCCCCUGCGGGCGCUCAAGGACAGCAAUGAGGCCUGGGCAGCUUCUGCCGGGAUGCCAGGGCUCAGCCCCAAGUGCCCCAACGUGCUGGCCGCCCGCUCCUGCACCACCUUUGAGCAGGGCUCGUCCCCCUCACUGGGGGAGCUGGCCUUCCGCCCGCCGUCCCCCAUCGACCUGCGCCGCAGCAUCGACCAGGCGCUCUGCCGCCGGCACCUCCUGCACGACAGCCUCUUUGGCCGGCCCCGCCGUGGCUCCGGCACCUCGCUCCACAGUUCCCUGGCCCCCGCUGAGAGCCCCGGCUUGGGGCACAUGGUGCGGUGCAGCUCACUGACAGAGCUGCCUGGCCCCCGGCAGCCCCCCGGCACCGUCACCAUCACCGUCACCGCCUCGGCCAGCUCGCUGGAGAGCAGCUCGCUGAAGAUCAGCUGGAACCCCUGGCACCACGGGCUCUCCUCACCUGACAGCCUGCCCCUGGACGAGGCACCCAGCCGGGCCCCCCUCCUGGUGCCCGCCGGACCCCCCAGCUGGGAGCGUGAGGGCCCCCGCAGCUUCCCGGCCCUUGGCAAGGCACCGGUGGACGCCCGCAGCCUCUCCAGCGACACCAUCGAGCUCUGAGCUGGGGCAACGUGAGGAUGGGCAGAGACUGGGGGGUGCAGGGGGACGAGCCCAGUGUGGGGGUCCAAUUCUGCACCCCUGGGGGGCCGGGCA